AUGGCCGACGUCAACGCUGACUCGCCGGGCCUGUUCGCGGGCCUGGACACGUUCGACCUGGGCGACAGCACCCUGGGAGAUGACGGCCUCGCACCUGACGUUGGCGAUGAUCCCACUGCCACCACUACCACCACCACCUCUGCUAGCUCCUCUGCGGGUGAGGCCACAGCCGCCGUCUCUGGUGGCACUCCGCCUGGCUUUGCCAACAUAUCCGCAUCGCCGUCGGUUUCCAACGGCGGCCAUCCGCCCCCCUUCUACAACCCCGAUCCCUCCAACUGGGCCACAUUCCAGAACACGCCUCCCUACGACUCGGCCAGUGGCGAGAGUCCCUUGAGUGCCGCUCCUUCGCUGGCACCUCACCACACGCAGAGCUGGGAACUCCCGGUCCACCAAUUUGGCCUGAACCAGACUUACCUGCAGCAGCAACAGCAGCAGCAGCAACAGCCUUACUUCCAGUCCUCUCCAAUUUCAGGCAUCAGCCCCGGCCUGGAUACCGCCGGCUUCACCAACCCCUUCGCCAUCAACCAGAGCCAUAGUCCCGACAUCUCACGCAUCCGGAACACCCUAACCCCUGCUCAACAAGAGAGGCUGAAGACUAUUGCCAUGCCUCCUCAUCUCCAGUACCACUCGCCCAAGAGUGCUGGGAGUCCUGAUUCGGGUGUCAGUGGCAGUCACGAUAAAGGCGCCGGAUCGUCGCCCGACUUUGCCGAGCCGUCCAAGUCUGGCAGUAGGAAACGCAAGUCGUCAGCCGAGGUUGACGAUGACGACGACGAUGAUGACGACCUCGACGGCCAUCAGCCCGUCAAGAAGACGGCCCACAAUAUGAUCGAGAAAAGAUACCGGACUAACCUUAAUGACAAGAUAGCAGCGCUGCGGGACAGCGUCCCCGCCCUUCGCAUCAUGUCCAAGAGUGCUCGAGGCGAAGACACUACAGAGGACAGGGAGGAGCUCCACGGCCUCACUCCUGCCCACAAGCUCAACAAGGCAACAGUCCUAAGCAAGGCUACCGAGUAUAUUAGGCAUCUGGAGAAGCGGAACAACCGCCUGCUAGACGAGAACACCAGCAUGCAGGCUAGGAUCACCGCGUUUGAGAAGCUCUUCAUGGCAGGCGCCCUGACGGGCCAGCUACCCAACCCGCUUCAGCAGCCGCCAACGCCCGUCCAAUAUCCCCACGAUGCUGCGUUUAUGAACACGCCGAUGCAGGUACCUCGAGGACCGGAACCCGCGGGCGUAAUUCCUAUACCGGACGACAUGAAACGUAUCCUAGCAUCACAGCAGCUGAACGCCGGGCGGCCGUACCCGGUGCCGGCGCAGCCAUUUGGACAGAAUGCUGCGCUCUUCCGCCAGCAGCAGAUCCAACAGGAGCAGCAACAGGCACAGGCACAAGCACAGGCUGGUCGUUGGAGCCCUUACUUCGGGAAGCUCAUGGUGGGCUCUCUGGCUGGGCUGAUGCUUGUCGAGGCGCUCGUCGAGAACGAGCCGAGCAACGAGACGCCACAAGGGCGCGGUCUUCUCGCCGUCCCACUCCCUCUCCUCUCGUCGUUUGUGCGCUCGACUCACUUCAGCAUCGGGGGUUAUUACAUCUCGGCUAUUGAUGCGAUAGCCCAGCUCAGGCUUUUCUCGCUCCUUGCUUUGUUCUUGUGGGUCGCUUGCUCGACAUUUGUCGACACGUCCUUUUCACACCCGGCCGGGAAAGCCAAACAGAGUCCCUCGUUGGUCAAAGCGGUGCCUUCACUUGCUUCGUCAAUCCACGUCAGGAGACAAGCCUGGCUCACGGCGAUCCAGACCGUGUGGGUACCGCAACACAACUUCUUACUCGAGGCAGCGGCGCUGUCGUUGAAGACUGUCAAAUAUAUGCUUCGGAAUUUCACCGGUGAUCGUUGGUUUUUGGUGUUGACUGGUCUGAGCGAGGAAGAGGAAUCGGCCCGGAUCAAGGCCUGGACGAUUGCCUUGGAUGCCCAGCUUGCCGGUGGCGAUGACGAGAUCAGUAGGAGUCGUCUGACUUUGACCCUCCUUGCUUCGGGCACCCUUCCAGAAACUCCUCUUCGUAUGAUGAUGAAGGCGUUGCAUAUCCGGGUCCUGCUUUGGUGGCCGAACGGCGCAUUGUGGCUGCCCGAUAUCUUCGCCGCCAAGCUUGCCAGGUCGUGGUGGAACGAGGCCAAGCAGCUCUACCGUAUCUUCAGCUCGCCCCAUGACGGGAGCGACCCCAUUGACGAGGUUCUUCCCAAGCAUCUUGCUCUGCUUCUGGAGCGGGACUGCGACGAGGUUCUCAACGACGAGAUUGUUCAGAGAGCCCACAAUCUGGCGUGGAACAAGCACACGGCCUACAAGGUGGUCGGGAGACUUGACGGUAUGGAUACGGUGGUAGAUGAUCCCGCCGUCAUUUCGCCCAUCGACGCUGUGGCGGCGUGGUAUUCGAGCCUUAUCCUCCAGCGUGUCUUGGUUGGCAGCCUCCCCGAGACGAUCGGCAGCCCCGGAGGAGCGGCAGUGGAGGACCUCAACCUGGCUAUCGACAUGGCGCCACCCGGAUCCGACGCCCAAAUCCGAGGGCUCGUCGCCCGUGCGGUUCUUGUCAAUGAGAUGCGCGGAGCCAACAUCUUGGCGGCCAAGCAGGCGUUGGAUCCAUUCGCCAACCCUACCAGACAUCCACACUACGCCCGAGGCCUCCCGCCUCUGAUGGAAGACCAGGAUGCGAAGAUGGCGCUGGACUGCGCCAAGGUGAUUGCCCACCUCCAGAGGCCCGCCGACCCGCCUCAAGAGGCGUACAUGGUCAUUGACUCGAUUCUCGUGUGCUCGACGGUCGACAACAUGUCCUUCCUCGGCUACGUUGCGGCUUUCCACCUUAUGGAGGCGCUCCACCAGCACGCCGUUUGCCGGGAGAGCUGCAGCAGGUCGCUCGAGAGACUGGCGGGCGGGCUUCGAAUCUGGAUUGGAAGCUCGGCGGGCGAGAGAUCGGGGCUGGACGCGGCCGCGAGACAGAAGAUGAUCAACAGGUGCCUGAGCAUCACCAAGAGCCUGGUUGGGAUGGAGACGGACCCGGGCUAUGCGAGUAUGGACGACUGCGACGAGGACGGGGAAGAUUGCUGA